AUGAAUUUGCCUUAUUUUUCCGAUCUAUUUAUAAAUGAAGAAUUCUCGAUGGUUAAAACAUUCAAAAACCUGGGGAAAGCAAGUAUUGAUGACAUCGAUUCUGGCAACGCGUCCAAAGACAGGGCUCAUAUUGCGACAAUCAGAAUGAGCAUUAACCAACAAAUGAGCCGAAAUAUAACGGAUAACACGAAUGACAACACUUCACAAUACUUGUACAUUUGCGUAUCCAAAAUACUAAAUUUUUUGGCUAAUCACUCCAGUCAUCCAUUAAGUCUUUUCCAAGUUCAUAUUUUGAUGAUGAAAAAUAAUUUCAUAUUCGAGGAAACUCUAAAACAAUGGUUCCUAACCGGUGGUUCGAGAGAACUAAAAUAUGAUUCGCGAAGGUGGCGGCACGACAAGUGA